AUGCCAAGAAAGGCAGUUCUUUUGAAAUCUCUGACGAGGGGCCGAGUACGCACUUCGUUCAAUAAGUACAAUUUAUUUAAUCUGUACAAGAAGGGUCAAGUGGAUUUUAGAUCAAAGACUUUAUACCAGCAGAAAUGGACUGCAAAGCAGGAAACGAGAGCAUAUCAUGGUGAGCAUUUGACCGAGAAAAGAUGGCAAUGCAUCUUCAAUCCAAAGCUAGACUCUGUUGCUCAACUGGAUGCAUCUUUACGUGGAAGUACCACGGACGAAACACCCUUCCUUGCACAGACGUAUGCAGCUUUAGAGAAAAGGUUAGAUUUUGCCGUAUUUAGAGCAAUGUUUGCUUCUUCGGUAAGGCAGGCCCGUCAAUUUAUUCUUCACGGUAACGUUUUCGUUAAUGGAAUUAAGAUUGCACAUCCUGGUUAUACCUUGAAGGCUGGCGAUUUAUUUCACGUGAAACCAGAGAAAGUGAUGCAGGCAUUAGGAGCGCGUAAACCAAGUUUAGAAGAGGGUCUGAAGGUGGAUAAGACACAAGUUGUAUUGUGGAAUAAAUACGUGAAACAAGCAAAGGAAAAUCCACGCGAAGUUUGGGAUGCAAAAAUAGCUAAGAUAAGAGAAAUGUCCGAUUCAAACCCAAAGAAGGAGCAAUUCCUGGAAUUUUUGAAACAGUAUAAUAAAUCUUUGGAAGCACAGGAAAUAGAAGAAACGCGGUCCUGCACGCCGAAAGCUAUGCUAGAAAAAAUGAUCAAAGUGCCACUUGGUACGGGGAAACAAGUGGAAUCGCUAGCAAUCGAAGACUUCAAAUAUGUCGUUGAAAGGAAUCCAAAACUGGCGAAGAGGGCAUUUGAUUGCUUCGAACACUUUGCAAAAUCUGGUCAACUAGCACUGGACAAGUUAAAGCUUAAGAGUCCUGAGGAGCUUUCGAAAAUCGUUGACGGCUUGAUAUCGUUAUCUGAAGAUAUGAAGAAAAACAUGUCUAAUGGCGAAAAAAUUGCGAUCAGAGCAGGGAAGCAGCAUCUAUCCGAAUUAGUGAAACUUUAUAGUGCUGAUAUAAGAAAGAGCUUUGAAUCUAAGAUGGGUAAUCAAGCUGCAGUGGAGAUUCCUUAUGAUGAAAAGUGGCUCUCCAAGUUAACUUUCCACGAUUCCAUCGAUCCUAAAGUUUUAAUGGAAGAUGAAGCGCAGGCCAAACAGAGUGUGAAACUGCCUUGGCAAACUCAUGUAUAUGGUCGUGAAGAUCCAACUAAACCUUUUUUCACGCCGUGGAAACCUAGACCAUUUCUUGCACCAUUCGCUAUUUUACCACAUCAUUUAGAGAUAUCUUUCAAGACAUGCCAUGCUGUAUAUCUCAGAGACCCUGUUGCCCGUCCCGGUCACUCUGAGGUUAUAUCUCCAUUUGACCUACCCGUUCAUGAGCGUGCGUACAUGUACUAUGUCAGAAGGGGUAAAUAA